UGUUAAAAAAAAUAUAAUAAUCUAAACCUGGAGCAGUGUGAUUGAUUAAAGGAGAAUGUUGGGCCUUAGUUAUGCUCUCGACUGAAGUUCAUUCUUGUUUUGCCAUUUGUGCAGAAUUGUGUUUCCUGGAAGCUGGUUAAACUUACGUCCCUUUUUAAUUGCACCCACCCUUAUAUUGAUUUGUGUGAUUGCAGCGGUUCAUGUCUGAAGAGAGGAGCAGCGUGUGGGGUAAAUCCAACAUCACUCUGCCUCUUCAAUACGCUGCACUUGUCAAUGGCAUCGCUGUUCACUCCAUGGACUUUGACGACACAUGGCACCCUGCUACUCAUCCCUCGGGAGCCGUGCUGCCUGCGUUGCUGGCCCUGGUAGAGGCCCUGCCCAGCCGGACCUCCGGUCUCGACCUGCUGUUGGCCUUCAAUGUUGGCAUCGAGGUGCAGGGCCGACUCAUGAGGUUCUCCAGAGAGGCGCACAACAUCCCUGAAAGAUUCCACCCUCCCAGUGUUGUUGGGGUGAUGGGCAGUGCUGCAGCCUCAGCGAAGCUCCUGGGUCUGUCCCCCACACAGUGCAUUCAUGCUCUGGCCAUCGCGGCCUCCUCUGCCGGGGCCCCCCUGGCCAACGCCGCCACACAGACCAAGCCCCUCCACAUAGGAAACGCAGCUCGCAGAGGCCUGGAGGCGGCUCAGCUGGCUCAGAUUGGACUGGAGGGGAAUCCGGCCAUCCUGGAUCUGGACCGGGGGUUUGGGGUUUACUACAAAGACUACAGUCCCUCAGCGAUGCCAGAUUCUGCUUCCAGUGGCUUUAAAUGGAUUCUGGAAGAUCAGGACGUGGCUGUCAAGAGCAUUCCCGCUCACUUGGGGAUGCACUGGGUCGUGGAUGCAGCUCUGGCAGCUCGAGGGAAGCUUGUAAAAGCGGACAGGAACUUUGACCUCAGGCACAUCCGGCACAUCACGCUGCGAGUUCCUCCAUCCAAGUACAUUGACUGCUCCUCCCCAGCCACAGAGCACCAGGCCAGGCACUCGUUUCAGUUCAACGCCUGUUCUGCGCUGCUGGACGACAAAGUGACGGUGUCCUCCUUCAGCGAAGCUCAAAUCAGCCGACCCGCCCUGAAGGAGCUCCUGUCCAGAGUGACGGUGGAGACGCCUGAGGACAACCGGCCCAGCUUUGACGAGAUGUACUGCGAGGUUGAGGUAGAAACAGUCGAGGGGCAGAGCUACACAGCCAGGUGCGAUACCUUUUACGGCCACUGGAAGAAGCCACUGAGUCACAAGGACCUGGUGGAUAAGUUCAGAGUUAACGCUUCGUCAGUGUUGUGCACAGAGGGAGUGGAGGGAACGAUCGAUGUGAUCGGAAACAUUGAACGAGUGAGUGAAUGUUCGAUCCUGGGUUCAUAUCUGAGGAUGACACACGAGCAGUAACACAGCUUGUACUGUAUCUACG